AUCAUUUCUUACCAUGACUGGAAAAACGAUUUUGCGUUCCGAUGGCAUUUGCCGCAGCGCCGUUCUUAGGCAUCUUGCGUUCAAGCCUAUCGCCGUAGGCAUGUCGCGAGCGACAGCGGUAGUUGUUAAAGCACAGCCAGCUGCAGGCGGCAUGCAAGAUCCGCUCAUGGUUCGCGCUGCGCGUGGCGAAAAAGUUGAGCGUGCUCCCUGCUGGAUGAUGCGGCAAGCUGGCCGCUAUCAAAAAUCGUAUCGGGAGCUGGCGAAGAAACAUCCGUCUUUUCGUGAGCGUUCUGAGACAACUGAGCUGAUCGUGGAGAUCAGCUUACAGCCCUGGAAUUCCUUCAGGCCAGAUGGCGUCAUUUUGUUUAGCGACAUUCUUACACCUCUUCCGGGGAUCGGUGUCAACUUUGACAUCGACGAUAACAAGGGGCCGAUUAUUGAUACCCCCAUCCGUAGCCUGGAGCAAGUGAAGCAGCUGCACGAAAUGGAUUUCGGCAAGGUGGACUUCGUGGGCAGGGCAUUGACCCAGCUCCGGGCAGAGGUGAACAACCAAGCGGCGGUGCUGGGCUUCGUGGGCUCCCCGUGGACGUUAGCCACGUACCUGAUUGAGGGUGGUUCCACGUCGCUAUAUAAGACCAUUAAGACGAUGUGCUUUUCUGCGCCAGACGUCCUGGACGCCUUGCUGACCAAGCUGGCGGAUGCUAUGGCUGCGUACAUCAAGUACCAGAUCCGUGCGGGCGCCCAGUGCGUGCAGAUUUUUGACUCGUGGGGUGGGCAGCUCCCACCCCGGGAGUGGGAGAAGUGGAGCGGACCGUAUCUGAAGCGCAUCAUUGCAUCGGUGAAAGCUGAGUAUCCCACAGUGCCGCUGACGCUCUAUGCGAACGGUUCGGGCGGCCUCUUGGAACGCUUGGCGGCAACGGGCGCGGACGUGGUUGGCGUUGACUGGACGACGGACAUGUCGGACGCGCGGCGUCGGAUAGAUAGCAAUGUAUCGGUGCAGGGCAACGUGGACCCCGCUAUCCUCUUUGCAUCGAAGGAUGCUAUUGAGGAUGCCGUGCGGGAUUGCCUGCGCAAGGCGGGGGGCAAUCGCCACAUCCUCAACCUGGGCCACGGAGUCUUGGUGGGCACGCCCGAGGAGGGAGUCGCGCACAUGUUCGAUCUGUCGAAACGCUUGACAUACGCCGACGUUGCUCAGAUCUGAGCGGCUACUGUCGGGGGCCUGAAGUGUGGGAACUAUUAAAGCACUGUAGGUCGUUCAUUAUGGCGUGUCACCCUCUGUUUCAGUUCGUAAUCACAAAGGUUUAAGACUAACGUGGGAUCGGGUUUAGUAUUGUUAAUGCAUGUAUGUAUAACUGUUGUGCUUGUCUACCGAUGCGGUCAAAGGAUUGGAUAGCAAUCUAUUGUGUAUCUUUUUUCAAUAGGUAGCUACAUAUUUGCUUCAUACCGCUGUAAACUGUAGACCGUAC